GUCCCCACGUAUCGAAACAUCGAUUGGCCACAGCUGCUUGUGAAUGAAAAAAGCGUAAAAUCGAAUCGUAAAACAAAUUCGCGAAAAACCAUUGCCGCUCGCCCGGCGAAUCACAGGCCUGUAAACCAAUAUAAAAGCGGGGAGCGAAGAGGCAAGGAGGCCCAAGCAAAGCCUGCCAGUACAAAACGAGUCGCUCGUCCUUCCCACCGGCACACAAUGGAGCUACUGUAGUGUGUGUGUGCGGGCGUGUGUGUGCGUGGAUGUAGUAGUGGGCGAGUGCGUGUAGUAGUAGUACGACGAGUGUUGAGGCGACGGGGAAAACAAAAAGAAAUCUAGUUUUUGCUCAAGACUUCGGCUGGAAACCCGGCAGGGAUGAGUGCGUAGAUGUGAGGUGCGAUAGCUGAUGAACGGUGCUGGAGGCAGUGUACCCAACCGAAGAAGCUGUCAGACACUAGGCUAGCGGGGCAGAAAUAAGGCCACAUCCCUAUUCCGUUUCCGUAAUGCUGCUGGCCGCAGCCGGUCUGCCGGCCUACGACGCCGGAAAGCUGGCUAGCAAUGCCGGAUCCGGCUCCAGCAGCGUGGGCUCCGGCGGAGUGGGUACGCCCACAGCGUCCGCCUCGCGUCCUAGUGCCGCUAGUGCCCUGAUGAAGACCCUGUCUGUGCGUCUGCAUCGAGGCACCGAGUUUAUUAAGGACACUGUUCAGAAGGCCCUGGUCAUGUCCGCACCUACGCCGGUGGCCCCAGCUACAGCUCCUGCUUCCAAGAUCGUGGACCACAGCCUAAAGCGGAAGCUAAGCGGCGCUGGCGGGCUGAUGGGCUGCAGCAGCAUUAGCAGCACUACCUCAUCUAUCCCCGGCAGCUCGAGGAGUUACCACUAUGCCCCAACCAAUCAGGUGUCUUCGUCACAGGUGCUUCCUUUGCCCAGUCAAGUGCCCACAGCCGCCUUUCUGCGCACCUACACAGUAGCUCCCACAGCACUCCACCGAUCUACCGCCGCUCGCAAACGGAAUCCCAGCACCGACAGCCUGCUUAUGGACCUGUGCCUCUUUAAGCCCAUUCGUCCUAUGCCCAUAACACCAAUAAAAAUCCACAAGUUACGCGGCUUUGAAAUGAAAAAACCAAAAUUUGUACUAGCUGCAAAUGCAGACAGCGAAGAAGAUGAGGACGACGACGAAGAGAAUGCGGUCCACAAGCCAAAGCUCAGCAAUUUGUCUUUGCCAACAGUUGAGGGUUCGGCCUUCGUUCCGAUGUCCUAUACAGCAACCACAAACACCGCCAUUAACGCAACUACUAACACCACCAGCAGGAGCAGAUCCCGCUCCCACAACGCACACACCUCAGACUCUGCAGAGGGCAUUACCAAGCCAAAGCGUCGUCGUCGCGCUCCCAUGCUCACGCCCAAGAGACGCCGCAAGGCGCUGGAUGCGGAAUUAAAAACUGCAGCAAAGAGAGGAAUUGAAGACAAAACUCCUGCCAAGCGCAAAGCGACGGCAGCGCGUGGAAACUCCAAGCGCAGUCAUGAAGAACCGAUCACGUCUCCUACGCCAGCGGAUCCAAUUAAAUCUUCAGUAGCGAAAAAUGCUUCGACCAAGAGCAAAUCAUUCUCUAGAUGUGAAGCUAUAAAACGUAGUCGUAUAGCUUCUCUGCAGAAUGUCACUGUUCUCACAGCGACAUCCGCCUCCUCAGCAGAUUCAAUCCGUAAAACCGCAACAAAGCGUAAGGCAGCUAAUAAAAAAGCCGUCAAGCGCAGUCGAGGUUCCACAGCCUUGUCUGCGCGUCCUUCCCCGCCAAUGACACGUCAGAGGGCCCGUCAGCAGAUCUCCGCCAGCAAAUAAGGUCAAAAAAACUUGGAUGUUCACUCAUUGGAAUGUAAGCCAAUAUGGCAAAAGCUAGAAAAACGAAACAACAAUAGAAAAGAGUCGGGUAUGAGACUCGCUAUGUUCUAAGUCUUUUUGUUCUAGUUACUGUUUGUGUGUACGUACUACAUCUUUUCCUUGAAAUAGGAAGACAUGUAAGAUAAGUCAGUAAUCAUGUAAAGUACACGUAGUUCAACUCGUUUUGUAUUCGUGAGAAAGUAUGAGUACUUGAGUUUCAUCAAGCAACUAUAAUUUGUUUGCGUACACGUUUUACAAAAUUCUGGCUUGGUCUUUAAGACUGAUAAAACAAAAAGCAUCUGCUACGAAUAAAAUAUGAUUCAAAAAGAUAUUUGCGAAACAAAUUUUAGCAACCUUUGUCUAACCCUCAUUAAGCAAAAAGUAUUAAAUGUAUAAAGUAGUGUAUGUAUAAACUAGUUCAUUUAAGUCAUUCCUGAUAAUAAUGUUUUAGCCAAAACGGUUUGUCAACAUAUUGAUAUGUUAAUUAUUACCCUUUUCUUUUAAUGUACAAACAACGUUUUCGGUUCGCUUAAUUUAUGUGCUUGCCUUUAAGGCGAGUUAGUAAAGAUGUAUGGAAAGAACAAGAUGAUGAAAAAGCGCCACAACUACAAUUUCUUUUCCUACUUUAGUUAAGUUUGUUACAAUUUAUGGCUCAGAGACAAAGUACACACACAUACUAGUAUAAAUACAUGCAUGUACUUCUAACUUUAUCUAAACAUACGAUCUAUCUGUAAGAACAGCAAUGACAUAAAAGUAUAGAAAACUAUAUAUAUAAAACAUGCCAGGCAAAUCAACUGUGUGUUGUGAUAUGAACUAAUUUAUGAAACCAUAGAAAAGACAAGCAGAACCCCAUUAAAUUUUGUUGCUUGAGUCAGACAACACCGAAAAACCCAAACACAAUUUAAACCCUUUAUGUCAUUAAGAAGUAGAAGUUGGAAAAUUUAAAUUUGCAAUCUCGAAAAUGUUUAAAAAUUUUCCCUAGGCUAAGGACAAUUACAAGCGAUUCCAAACAAAAGCAAAAUUACUUAAACACACAGCGAGUUGUAUGCGUCAAUAAAAAUAACUAAAAAUUAA